AUGGUGUUGAAAGUUUUGUCUAAAGGACGUGCCCGUAUCAUUUCAAAAUAUGAGAUGGACACACUUCUCUCAGAAAAAGGCUCACUCAUCAUCUACCUGGACAAGGUUUCUCACAGGCGAUCAGAAGAGAUCACAUUUAGGAUCCAUCAAACGAUGAACGUGGGUGUCUUACAGCCAGCUGCUGUGUCUGUCUAUGAAUAUUAUGACCAAAAACCCUGUGUGAAAUUCUACCAUCCAGAAAGGAGAGCUGGACAGCUGACAGUCUGUAGGAAUGAUGAAUGUACAUGUGCUGAAGAGAACUGCAGUAUGCAGAAGAAAGGCAAAAUCAGUAACAAUGAGCGCAUAACUAAACUUUGUGAGAGCACAUCCACCAACCAAAUAGAUUAUGUGUACAAAGUGGCAGUGGAAGGUUUUACAGAUGAGUUAUCCACUGACAUUUACACAGUGCGUGUACAGGAAGUCAUCAAGGAAGGAAAUUCUGAUGUGGGUUCUCAGGGCAAAGUGCGUACAUUCCUCAGUUAUCCACACUGCAGGGAGACAUUAGAUGUGAAAGUAGGCAAAACCUACCUUAUCAUGGGAACCUCCAAAGAUAUUCGCAGAGAUGACGAAAAUCGUUCAUAUCAGUACAUGCUCGGUGGGAGAACCUGGAUCGAGUACUGGCCCACAGAGAGAGAGUGUCAAUUUGAGGAGCACAGACCCACCUGCUUGGGCAUGCAGGAGAUGGUCCAGCAGUACACACUCUUUGGAUGUCCACAGAAGUAAAACUCAAGGAGAUAAAAUGUUCUUUUCAAAUUGUUUGACUUUGAAUUGUCCUUGUUGUGUAAAACAUUCACUACUAUGAGAUAUAUGGGAUUCAGAAGAUAAAGUUUUACAUUGCUGAAUAAAAUGUUAC